AUGGUUAAACUAAAUCUCAGUCAGAAGACACUGCUAGCCAUUCGUCACCUGUUGUUACUGAUAGGCAUCUCAAUCUGCCUGCAGUUUACCACGGCAAAGACGGUAUGCCAAUCUUUGGCCCUAUGCUCUCACUUCUGGGCAAAUUGUUCGACGGCAACUUAUCCGAUGUUCCUACUAAGUAAUGCAAACCUCUUGACUCACGCGUUCACCUGAUCGCCAGUGGAUCUAGUGAUAGAAAAAAAGCUUUCAAAUUCUUGCUGAAAAAUGUUCCUUGAUCUUCAUGGCCAGUUGAUGUUGCGGUUGAUUUCCUGCAGAUUUCGUGCAGAUUCAAAUACGAAAUAGCUGAUGCCAAACGCCCGUCUUCCCAUAGCACGAAAUCCAUCCGUUUCAUUUAAGCUGUUUUCACCAAAUGAGGUUCAUUCAACAUUUGCCCACCGAGAUCGUGUUUCUGCGUAUCCAGAAAGCGCGAAACUUCUCCUUCACCGUGAUUUUACCCACAUAGGGCGUAGAAUUGGGUCACUUUUCUCACACGAACCCUCAUUUUCUCAGUUCAUUGCUUGCCUAAUCGGUCAUAAUACAAUGAAGGGGUAAGGAUUCAGCUUGUCCUACUCCUGCGGCAUCUGACUUCCUCCUUCCCCUUACUUUUACAUCUCCAUCUCACUCAAGCCACUUGACGCAUUUGCCUGCUCCUAAACUUGCAGCAGCAGCAGCAGCAGCAGCAGCAGCAGCAGCAGCAGCAGCAGCAGCAGCAGCAGCAGCAGCAGCAGCAGCAGCAGCAGCAGCAGCCUAAUUUGUCGUUUCGUAUCUGCCGGAUAGCCCCGUUGGGACACAUGAAAGUCUGUCUACAUCAGCUAGACCGAUAAAUUACCCUGUCCAACUGCGUGUUGCAAGCUCUACAGUUAAGUCACCCGUGGCUUGGCGUCUGAACGGUGAGAUUCCAAAAGUGAAUCAGAUUCCGACCCAAAGAAAGGUAGUACAGUUCCAUUUAGGGGUACGAUGCCUUCUCUUAGAUCUAACAGGUCUGUCCAGCCCAGCUCGUCUACAAACCCCGCAGCUCCAAUUAUAUCCCCAAUUAUAUCCUGCGUACCGGUUACUUAUCAGAGUCCUAAUAUAUAUCCAGCAAAUAAUUCAUACAUGAAUUGCCCUAAGUCAUUUAUGCCCAACCUAGUUCAGGAUUCCCACUUAAGGCCAAUUGCUCUCAGGUACGUCAACCUACCCCCUUUGACAUCCAACCUAGACCUGGUUUCCCACCCUCUUAUACAUAUAGCUGCCUACCCUCCCCCACUAGCCUGUACCUUCCUUCUAGGCUCCCUCCUCCUCCUCCUCCGCCUCCUCCCCUUCCUCCACAAAUUAA